GUUUGCAUACAUAUAUAUAUAUAUGUAUGUAAUAUUAUAUAUGUAUAAGUAACAGAUGUAAUAUUUUAUUAAGCAUUGGAUCAGAUUGUAGUCAUAGCCAGUGGUUUCUGUGUCAUAUGUUUAAAUUGAGGACUCAGUGCGGUUGAUGAUGAUGAAAUUGUAAUGAUGAACAUGAAGGAAGUGAGAGGAUCCAGAACGUGGCGGGAUGAGCUGGCGAGUCUAGUGGAGGACACUGGGAUACGAUUUUCAGGGGAAUCAAUUGGGAUAUCGGAGCCGACUCUCGACGCGAAGGGAUCGGAUUUCGUGUCGGGAGAGGUGGCUAGCGGGGAAUUAGAAUUGGAGAGCUUCAAGGAGCAGGUAACCGGAUUCUUGAAAUCGUGGGGUGAGAUGCUUCUAGAUUUAGGGAGAGGGUGCAAAGACAUAGUACAACAGAGUAUAGUCACCGAGGACUCUUUUAUAGUGCAAAAGCUCAGUAAACCAGUGGCUAAAAUAUCGGAUAGGUUGAAAUUUUUGAACGAGUUCUUGCCGGAAGAUCGCGAUCCGGUUCACGCAUGGCCUGUGAUUUUCUUUGUUGUUAUCCUCGCUCUUGCAGUACUGGGUCUAAACACCAAAAAUGAUAGCUCCAUCCACCCAGUAAAGAAAAUAAGAAUACAUCCUCCCAGUGCAAGUCACGUGCUUCUCCCAGAUGGUAGAAAAUUGGCUUAUCAGGAGUUAGGAGUACCGGCAACCAAAGCUAGAUUUUCUCUAAUUGCUCCACAUUCUUUUCUUUCUUCCAGACUUGCAGGUAUACCAGGAGUUAAAAUCUCACUUCUUGAAGAGUUUGGUGUUCGUUUAGUGACUUAUGAUCUUCCUGGGUUCGGAGAGAGUGACCCUCAUCCUUCUCGAAAUCUCAGUUCAUCAGCCUUGGAUAUGCUUUACCUAGCUGAUGCCAUUCAAAUUAAUGGCCAAUUCUGGGUGCUGGGGUACUCAAGUGGCAGCAUGCAUGUUUGGGCUGCACUCAGAUACAUUGCUAGCAGGAUUGCAGGUGCUGCUCUGUUUGCCCCAAUGCUUAAUCCAUAUGAUCCCAGCAUGACUAAAGAAGAAACUAGAAGAACUUGGGAAGGAUGGUUACCCAGAAGAAAAUUGAUGUACUUCUUAGCUCGAAGAUUCCCAAAAUUGCUGAAUUUUUUCUAUCAGCAAAGCUUUCUCUCUGGAAAGCAUGGUAGACUUGAUGAGUGGUUUCCUGUGUCACUCAGUAAAAAGGAUGAAAUUCUUGUUGAAGAGCCAGUGUUUGAAGAGUUUUGGCAUAGGGAUGUUGAGGAAUCAAUCCGCCAGGGGAACAUGAAACCAUUCAUUGAAGAAGCUGUGCUGCAGGUGUCAUCCUGGGGUUUUAACCUGGCAGACCUUCAGCCACAGCAGAAGUGUCAAAGAAAAGGUCUUCUUCCUUGGCUCAGAUCCAUGUACACUCAGCCAGAAUGUGAAUUGGCUGGAUUUCUGGGCCCGAUACACAUAUGGCAGGGAAUGGAAGAUCAAGUUGUUCCUCCCUCAAUGAGUGACUACAUAAGUAGGGUUCUACCGGGGGCAAUCAUACAUAAGCGCCCUAAUGAAGGUCAUUAUUCUUACUACUGCUUCUGUGAUGAGUGCCAUAGACAAAUAUUCUCUACUCUUUUCGGAAGUCCACACGGUUCACUGGAGAUGUUAGAGCAAAUAAGUGAAACUACAUUUGAAGAAACUAUUGAAGCUUCCACACAAUGUCACUAUUAAAACAUAAAACUCAGGGAACUUUUCUUUUUCUAUUCUUGUGUAAAUAUCACAGGUUGCUCCUCUUCUCAACAGAGCUUAUAAAAAGAUGGUGAAACCUUUAUAUGAUUUGCUCUCUAGAGGUGAGAUGCGGAAAAGCAAGGAGGCAUGUGUUUUUUCUGAAGAUUCUCAAAAGUCGACUGACCAUUUUGCCAUUUGACAUUACCAUUUGAGAAUUUCUCUUCAGGGUUUCCCCUACCUCAGAAUAAUAUACUACAUUAUUGA